GCUUCAUCCUCGGGGAGCUUUUCAUUAAGCGUUCUGAAAACACUGAGCUUCUCAGGAGGUUGGAAUGGCGAGGAGUUCCCCACGUUUGCAGCUGCACGGGAAAGCUCGCUAAGAGAACUCACUGAAGGCGACUGAGCAAAGCCGCCACGACCCUCACGCACCCCAUGCAUCUCCCCGUUUGUUGGCAGGUAGCCCAAGCUGCAGCCAAGAGCUCGCAGCCUCCCAGCAGGAGGCAGGGCACCGACUGCACCGAGCGCUACGCCUCCUCGUUUUGCAGCUUGGCCUCAUGUCUGUCAUCCAUAAAUGUCGUGCGCGCACGCACGCUCGCAAAACACUCCGGCUCCGAGCGGUCCUCGGGCUCCGCGCUUUCAAAAGAGCCGCGCGGGGGGCGGGCUGGCGGCAGGAAGCGGCGGGGCCGGCAGCUCCCGUGUGCAGUAGCGAAUGGGGCUGAAAACGCAUGGAGGAUCCUUACUUGGAGACAAACCGAUGAGAAGGACAAAGCGAGGGGAUUCAGUACUUUUGCUUGUUGAUCUGGCUGUUUACUAGGUGCUGAGUGUAGCCGGUAUGAAUGACUGGCAAAAGAAAAGCCCUCUAGAGUGGGAGACCUAUGUGAACAAAAGGGUGAAAGUUGCAGCAGAUGAGAAAAAUGAAUACGAAGGAUGGGUCUUAACGAUUGAUCCUGUUUCUGCCAGUGUUGUCCUUGCAAACUUCCCGGAGAACGAACCAGUGUCCAUUUUAGUUGUGCUAGGCCAUGCUGUUCAGGAGGUCAACAUAAUGCAAGAUGCGGACGAUGAGAUGAAGGCACGGCUUUCCCGCAUAUUUGAGCCUGAGGAAACUAAAGCUUACAGCCCGGAGGAGCUCCACAAGAGGAAGAACGACUUGAAGAAGUGGCUGGAAACAAACCACAUCCCUGUAACAGAGCAAGGCGAAUCAGGCAGAACGCUGUGUGUGGCAGGGGUGCUAACCAUCGACCCACCCUACAGCCCAGAGGAGUGCAGCAGCUCCAACGAGAUCAUCCUGUCUCGGGUUCAAGGCUUGGUACAGAGCUACCUAGAAAAGCAGCAAUGAUGCCUGCCUAAAGCAGAUGGGCCUGCACACCCCACCUCACAGACUGCUCUGGGUGCCUGUACCUAAACUAUCCAGAAGUGCUGGAUAUAGGUGCCUUUGUCUGAUUUUUGUACUUUAAGAAGGAACUACAAGUGGUGUAAACAAAAAGCACAAAGCAUGCACUGUUAUGUUCAGUUAAAACAAACAGAUAACACGUUAAACUGCUGUAUCACUGUCAUUUUUUUAAACAGCAUUGUGAAAGAUGACAGAUCAGAAACCAUAAAUGGUAUUCCUCUGACUAA